AUGGACGCUUACCUUAGUCGUCUCAUGAAUGAUAAUGUCAACCCUGACAGCCUCUUUGACGAUGAGUAUUACCUGUUUGCCGGUGAAGGCUCAGAUGCUGAUGACAUGGAGCACGACAAAUUGGAAGACUCAAGUCACAAUACCUAUGUCGACCAUGAUCCAUUGGACUAUGUCUACUCAAACCUCCCAGACCACACACACAUCCUGAAGCACGCCGCAAAUUGCGAUCACUGCAAGGCCAAGAAGUUUGUGUCCGAGGCCCCGGGAUUCUGCUGUCGCAGUGGGCAGAUCCAGCUGAAGCAACCGGAGCCCAUCCCGGAGCUAAUGAGGCUUUGGUCUAGCAUGGACGCAGACUCAAGGCAUUUUCGGGAGAACAUACGGUUCUUCAACGGCCACUUCUCCUUCACAACCCUCGGCGUCAGCGUUGAUGAAAGCUACACAAACAUGAAGUCUGGGGUGUACACGUUCCGGGCGCACGUCACCAUCUACCACAAUGUUCAUUCCUUCGGGCCAACAUCACGUCCAGAUCAUCUACAGUUGUACUUCUACGAUGACGACCCAGGCCUAACCCAUCGCAAGGCUGCGACCGAGCAAUUAGACCAGGAUGUCAUCAGAAAGUUAGUGGACAUACUCAGGGAAAACCCGUACUCCCAACAGUUUAGGAGUUUGGGUGCGCACAGGGACAACCUCGACGAUUACAGGAUAGACCUCAACACUGACCAGAGACUAGACCAACUUGUGCAACAACCAAGAGGUAGACGUGAUGAUAAUGAUGAUGAGGAGGAGGAUGCAGAGGGGAAUAGCAGGUUAUGCGUCUCGGUGAGAGACUACUAUUGUUACAUGCUCCAGACACGACCUGGGAUAUUCAAUCCCAUACUCUGUGGAGCACGAUUGCUCCAGCAAUGGGGGGUGGACAUGUACAUCAAGAUUGAGAGUUGUAGGUUGAAAUGGUACAGGAAGAACCAGACAAAGAUCCGUGCCGACCUGUAUAAAGGAGUUGUUGAUACAAUUACAUCCGGGGAGACCUGGGCAAGUGCUGUUGGAGUAAGGAUAGUGCUCCCUGGAACGUACCCAGGUGGCGACCGCGACAUGAAGCGGAGGCAUAUGGAUGCCAUGGCAAUUGUCCAUACCUACGGGAAGCCUGACAUCUUCUUGACCAUGACCUGCAACCCUAACUGGGAAGAGAUAACGAGUGAGUUGUUUCCUGGUCAAACAGCGCAAGACCGACCUGAUCUUGUGGCUCGUGUGUUCCAUGGCAAGUUAGAGGCUAUGAAAGAGAUGUUGUUCAAGAAGAAUAUACUGGGUGUUGUUGUCUCACAUGUAUACAUAGUCGAGUUCCAGAAGAGGGGCCUCCCCCACGCACACUUUUUGUUGAUCAUGGAUUCUGCCUAUAAGCUUGUCGUUCCAGAGCAGUACGACCGACUCAUUUCUGCCGAGCUCCCAGACAAGCAGAAGUAUCCUGAACUCCACGCCUUGGUUGUGAAACAUAUGAUGCACGGACCAUGCGGUGCUCUCAACCCCAAAAAUGUGUGCAUGCAAAAGAACGAGUGCAAGUGCAGAUACCCGCGGCCGUUCAAUGAAAACACGGCAUAG